AUGCAUUUUCCUCUUUUCAUCCACAAUUUUUCUGUCACCGCUUCUUGCAUCGAUUUCCAAAAGAACACCUUUUAUUCAUCUCUUUUGCUCUGUCACUCCACAAUACGCACCGCUUCCUGCUUCUUUCUCUAUCUCGACAAGAAUCAGUCUUUCAAGGAAGCGUCGUCGUCGAUCGGGAUCGAAAUCGGUUUUGUCGUCGGAAUUCGAUCACCUCUAUCCAAUAUCCAAUAUCAGAACUGCAACCCAGGAUGCUAUGCUUUGUCAACAGAUAUUGACAAAGCAGAGAUUUUGUUGAAGCUUCCUGAUAUUUUGAAAUCUAAUAAUCUUGGGAAUGUUCACGUAAUUCUCUUGAAGGGCAUUGACUCGAGCAACGUUCCCAUAAUGAGACUUAUGGAUCUUACUAAUGUUGUUAUAAAUACAAAGCUUCUACAUGACUACUCAAAGAUAGAUGUAUGUUUUGAUGUGCAUUAUGUCAAAGAAUGCGUACCUGUAACUGACGCUAGGAGAGGAGAGCAGAAAUGAAGACUUCAAAAAUUGUUUGGUCCGAUAACAACGCAUCAAAGGAUACGACUUUAUAAGAAUUUGCUACGGAACAAAUGGUUACAAGAAUUUGCUACGGAACAAAUGGCUACGGAAUUUAUUACGAAACAAAUGGCUACGGAAUUUGCUACGGAACAAAUGGUUACGGAAUUUGCUACAAAAUAAAUGGCUAUGAAAUUUGUUACGGAACAAAUGGCUACGGAUUUUGCUACGCAUGCCAUUGUUACGGAAUUGUUAUGGAAGUGUGUUGUAGUUAAAUUGCUACGGAAUAAACGUCGUAACAAAACUGCUAUGGAACUAUAAUUCUGUAGCUAAACAGUUUGCUACAAGAAAUAUACCUACG